GUCGCCUAUGUUGAAAGCAAGGAACUCGCUUGGUUGGCACAGUUCUGAAUCAACAAAAAAGAGAAAAAGGAAUUCUAAUAAAGCAAUCCCAGCAAUCUUAUAAGUAGUCGACAUUAGAUGAUUCAUACACCAAAACAUUUCCAAAAAGAGAAGAAAAGUAGAGAGCCAGGGACGACCUAAAGCAGAACACAGCAGCACAGAGAUGGCUAAUCAGAUGGGCUUACAUGUUGGUUGCUUGCUUCUUGUUGUUGCGGUGGCCCUGUUGAAGGGUGCCGCAGCUGAUAAUUACACUGUUGGAGACGAUUUAGGCUGGACCAUUCCUCCAGCGGGCUCUAUAGCCUAUAAAACCUGGGCUAACAAAAAGAGCUUUCAGAUUGGUGACACAAUAGUAUUCAAUUGGACUGGAAACCACAACGUGGGCGGAGUAGCGUCAAAAGAAGAAUACGAUAAGUGCACUGACCCAGGGAUCGUGUUCGGCCCAGGAGUGAGGAUCGAAAUCAAUUCUACUGAUACACUUUACUUCAUCUGCACUGUUGGUGAUCACUGCGAGCGAGGCCAAAAAGUCACCAUCACCGUUGGAUCAGCAGCCAACAACUCCUCUCCUCCUCCACCACCACCACCACCCUCCUAUGCUUCAUCUCUCACUCCAACUACUCUCGGCUCUUUCUUUGGCCUCAUCAUCUCCACACUAGUUGCCAUUUCUUUCCUUGAUCAUUCUUAAUAAAUUCGUUGUCCUAAACUAAUGUAUGUUCCUUUUAUUUAGUAUGGUUUGAUCAUAUUCAUAUUUAUCAUUACAAUAACAUGAUGUUAUACAUCAACGCACUAGUGUACUGUACAAUUAUUUUGAAUAAAAGUGGUACGUGUAAGUUGUUAUACCAAACGAAAUGUAAUGCACGCUUGCUUGGCAAGGGUUUCAACUUUGAA